AUUCCACUGCUAGCCACUAUCCAUCUUUGCUUAAAAAUUCAUUAUAUACAUAUUCAAUCAUUUCUAAUUCAAUGAAUACCCCUAUUAAAUUGACUAUCAACAACUGUUCAGUGUUUUUAGUGGUUUAAAACUAAUAAAAAUCUAUUAUUUGGUUAAUGUCAUAUUAUACUUUUUCAUUUAUCAAAAUUAUAAUAAUCGUAAUAAGCAUACGAUUCAUAAAAGUAAUUUCAGUUCAUUUUAACAAGUACCUGAAUUUAUACUUCUAGUCACUAAGACUACACACUGUCUCCUCUUCUACGCUGAGGUUUGUUACAGGGCAAAGUUAAAAGUUUAACCAGUAAGUAUUAAAAAAGAUGGACGAUAUUAUUUCAUAAAUGAGUCGUUCAGAUUUCUUAUGACAAUAUAAUAUUUAUGAAAAAGGUAAUAUCGAUAAGAAUGAACAUUAGCUAAAUAGAAUUUUUUAAAAUAAAAGUAAUACUAUCAUCAUGGUUAUAGACCAUUUUGAGUGGUAACUUUGUUGGUUAUUAUUGGCUAAUCAAUUGACUUUUACAGUUGUUAUAUUCCCUCAGUUAGAUUAUUCAAUUUUGUAACGUUCGCUAUUGUUGUGGACAACAUUAUCUGAGUCUAUUUUAUAUUGAAGUAAAUAUUUAGUUAAUCUGAACGAUACACUAUAUAGGAUAGAACACAAGAAGAGAUAAAGAUGACAAAAUCUAUGAGAACGACUAAUAACAAACAAAGCCAUCACAAUGAACUGAUAUAACACUUGAAAAAUAACAAAAACGCUCAUUUCUGUAUGAAGUAGCCACUGAUGAUGGUCUCCAGACAACAAAUCAAAAUUUUAAAAUUAAACCAUCUAACUGAGAAAACAAAAUUAAAAUCACUCGUUUAUUUUAGUCACUAACUAACCAAAAUGAAUGCACCAUAGUAACUAAUUUAAAAGAAGAAAGGCAUAAUUUUCUGAUCAGAGAUAUUAGCACUUAUGAAUUUUAUCUGAAAUACCUACAUUUAAUAUUUCUCUGAUAAAGCAUUAAACUUGAAGUCAUAUGAUCUAGAAGUGUAUUUGUAAUUCAUCUAUCUUAAGAACUAUUAAAAAUAAACAAGCCAAAAAUACAAAUAUGCCCAAGUUUCAACUAAUCAAAAUAACAUGCCCUGCCUAACCUUGAUCAUCUGACAAUUGAUAAAAGUACCGGAACAUAUGUAAUAUGUAAUACUAAUUACUUUAUAUUCUUUCUUCCAUUCAUUAUUGAUCAGUUGUUAUUUACGGUAGAAACACCCACGUAUUUUCCUACACCCAUGGUGUAUGUUAUAUAUUUUUGUUGUUGUUGGGUAUAUUUAAGGGCAAAUUCAUUGAAAUUGGAGCGUAUAAUUUAUUAAAUAUGCUUAGUCUUCAAUUGAAUUCUAUUUUAUAUCUCCUCAUAUUUAAUUGUGUUAAUAAACUUGAUGGUUUAAAAUUAUCAAAAUUAUGUACAACUCUUACAGUUAAUCUAAGAAGUCAAAUAAGUAUCAAUCGAAAUGUAAGCUUAAUCGUAUCAUCAUCAUCAUCAUCAUCGGAUAUGCAGUCUGAUUUAAAUCAACUAAAGUAUCAAGAUAAAGUAAUGAUGGAUGAUAAUGGAUUUGAAUUACGUAUUCGAAGAGUAAAUGAUGGUGUUAUGAUUGAUGAAUGGUAUGAACCUGGAAGAAAAUAUUAUGUAAUAUUGACAAAUCGAUUUCAUUCAGUAGGAUUUCGUGAUGGAUUAAUAUGGAUUGAACCUAAUAUGAAUAAGGAAAAAAUGAUGAUGAAUAUAAAAAUGGAUUCAUCAAUUCUUGUGGAUAGUAAAUCACUUAAUGGACAACUCAAUUCAAACACAAUCAAUUCAGACCAUUCGAAUAGAUCGACUCGAUUAUUGAUAAAGUUGUUGAUGAUUGAGAUUUAUAAAUAUGUAGAUUGGAACAGAAAUCAAAUUAACGACCUUCAAUUUUCGCUAUGAUAAAGGUUUGGUUCAUUUCUUAAAAGUGAAUUCUGUUAGGGUUGACUAUUCUAGAAACUUAAAUAUUACUAAAUUUAUGUAACUUGAAAAACUAAAGAAUGAUACAGAUCAGUCGUAAUAAGUGUUUAAAUGCUGUGGGUGGUAGAGGAAAACAGUUAUUCUAGUGAAGACAUCAGGAUGAGUGUUCCGCAGUUACUUUUUUAUACAGGGGCAGCAGUAACCAAAGCUGUGCUGAAUCUAUUCACAGAAUUUGUUCAUAAAUCUUUCUUUUUAUUUCGUACAAACGUAGACACCUACCAUCGCCUCCUAAAAAAUCCCAUGUAAUGAAUCCUAAACAGGUAUCACAUAAGUUCGACAGUUGGGAGGUAAUAGUUUAUUUCCUGUUUCUGAAAGUUCAAUUAAGCAUCAAUUUUUGAUUAAAAUUUCCUUCGUUACGUCAUGUCUCAAAAUGGCAAAUUUCAUUACCGAUGGAUCUACUAUUACUUCUGCAAAGAUUCUUAUCCAAAUAACUUUAUCAAUGAUUGUUUUAGAUCCUAUUACAGAACAAUCUUUAUAAAAUAAGUUACUUAUCAAUCACUUUUCUUAGAAUCUUUAUUUUAUUGAAUCGUUUUUUAACUUUCCUUAGUUAACAGAUAAUAUGAGCAAUUGCUCUUCUAGAGAGUUAGGUGAAUGGAUUCAUUUAACUAAUCAGGAUCCAAAUAAUAAUAUUUUAUCUGAUUUAUGGACAACAGAGACAGCAGUCACUCAAACAAGAUUAGGUUGUGAAGGUCUUACAGCUGAGAAGAUCUCACGUACUCAAAGACUUGUUACAAAAAUGAUAGUUAUAUGGAAAGCACCAUUAAAAGAUAAAUGUGGUUGUAUCAAUAUUAAUGCAGCUGUACAAACACAUAAUGAACAAAGAGAAAUAUUUUCCGCUAUAGGUGGUUUGACCAAAACACUUUGUCCAAGUUAUACACGACCACCAAGUCCUGUUCUUCCAGCUUACAUGUUACCUGCAAAUGAUAGAAAUGUCGAAAAUUCUAUAAAGGAAAGAACGAUGAAGUUAUCACAUGAUGAAUUUAUGCAUUUGGAUAGUAUGCAACCUCAAGACUGUUGUGCAUGUGGUUCAGCAACUUAUAAGCUCACCUUUACUGGUAUGUGGACUAGAGCAACACAUCCAAAAGACUGGCCCGUCCACAAUCCUGGAGCACUUCACUGGACUAACCUUAUCGGUGCUAGUCACUCACCAAGUUUCCAAAUUUACCGUAUGGGAGAACCAGCAAGUGCUGGAGUUCAAGCUGUUUGUACGUAUGGUGACACAACUGUGAUGAAACAGUCACUCGGGAUCGCUGCUACAAACACAGGUUCUUUAGGAGGAGUCCCAUCUGGAACUCAAAGAGGUUCUACCGGUAUCGGACCGUUACUAAGUCUAGUGUCUGCUCCAGGCAUGUGGGGAGAAGAAGCUCUUGAAGAGACGAGAACAACUUAUGUUGGUGUAAAUAGAACACAUCCUUUAAUAUCAUUUUUGACAAUGCUUGGACCCAGUCCUAAUUGGUGUACAGGUAUUUCCAGUCAAUCAGUUUGUCAAGCGGACUGCACUUGGGUAAAAAGCAUUGAAAUUGACUUAUUUCCUUGGGAUGCUGGAGCUCGUAACGGUGAUACAUAUCUUCCUAAAAAUUCAGAUAACAAGGAUGUUCCAGAACCUAUUCGUUUUAUCACCAGAGACUGGAUGCCAAAUAGUCCAUUCACGCCAGGCGUCCCGGUAGCAAAAUUAAUCUUGGAGAGAGUUUUACCUAAUGAAUCAUGGGAAUGUACUUCAAAGUUGUACGAUGGGGUGGAGCUAUUUCAUGCCGAUGGAAGUACAGAAACAGUAGGUUCCAGACCAGGAUCCCAAUCUAAUAAACAUUCUCCGAUAGUUCAGUCAGUUAUCGGGGAUUUAACAGGUGCACUACCAAAGAAAACUCGAAACAAAAUUGGUAGUGGUGGAGUAGGCGGAACACGAAUUACAAGUGGAGGACUAGGUGGGGAUGAUCCUCUAUCAGAUCCAAGUUUGGCACAGAUGGCCACAUUUCUAUGUGUUACAAGUCCUUGGUCAGCCUGGGGGUCGUGUUCAGUUACCUGUGGUGUUGGUCGUCGAACUAGACAACGUGACAUGCUGAUCAAUAAGAAGACAGAGCUUUGUCAACAUGUUCCAUUAGUUGAAGAAGAGUCAUGUGAUGGUAUAAAACGCACAUGUGAUUUCAGUGCUAUGUGCAGCUUAUUACCAUGGACUGCUUGGACCCCAUGUAAUGCUACUUGUGAUAAACCGCAUGGAUGGCAAACACGUACACGUUAUUUAGCCCGCUCAUCAGAAAAGAAUUAUUGCGAACAUAUAUUUCAAAGUGAAACCGAGUCAAACAAUGGUACUUUACGAGAAUUGAGGGAAUGUCAGCCAAAAGAUACAGAUUGUGAUCCGGCUACAAUAUGUUCAGAGGGUAGAAAAGAUGGUAUAGAAUGUGGUGAAAAAGUUUUAGCAUACUACUAUAGUGCUAUUGAACAUGCAUGUUUACCAUUCAAAUAUUUAGGAUGUAAAGGUGGGCGUAAUCGAUUUCCUACAAAACAAGAUUGCGAAGAUUUAUGCAUUCCAGCUGUUGAAGCACUACCUAAUUGGCGAAGAGAACGGAUAGCUUUAUUACAAUAUCAAACAGCUCAAUUAGCUACAGACAGUAAUGAUUUUAAAAAUCAAUCGAUUUCUCCAGCUAAACACUGUUCUCAGGUAAUGGACCCUGGUUAUACUUGCAUGGAUGAUAACCCACCACAGAAUAGAUGGUAUUUUUGUCCCCGCCUACGAAGAUGUCGUGAUUUUGAAUACCGUGGUUGUGGUGGUAAUGAAAACAAUUUCGAAACAUAUCAUGGUUGUUUAUCUGAUUGUCUCCCGUUAGAAAUGGAGAAGCUACGACAAAUCAAUAAGGCACGUAUGGCUAGCAUGCGUACAUACACAAAUGACACUUCUAUGAUCCAUAAUAAUACAACAAAUAAUCAUACCGCUAUCUCUAUACAAAAAUCAGUGGAUGAUAAAAAUGAUGUUGAUUCAUUAAAUGAAAUAGAACAUCAAAAAUUAAAUGAUAUAUCGGGUCAUAAACAAGAUUGCAUAAUGACUACAUGGAGUGGUUGGAGUCCAUGCUCAGUAUCAUGUUCUCAUCAAAAAGGUACGCAAAUGCGUUGGAGAUAUAUUGAAAAACCUUCAAUGCAUGGUGGGAAUUCAUGUGGUACACUUUUUGAAAAACGUGAAUGUCACGGAAUCGCAUGUUAAUAUAAUCAAGAAUAUACAAAGAAAAUUCAUCCUUACUGUAAAUUCAACAAUUAACGUACUUCUCAAAGCAUUGAAUGCUUUAUUCCAUCAUCACAUGACAACAACAAAAAUCUUUUUAAAUACUCAGAAAUCAAUAAAUGAUUAGUAAUAAUGUCUCCAAGGUAUUUGUUUGAGCACUCAAGCUCAUAUAAACAAACAAUACUUAUUUUCAUUCAAUUCAAUAUCUUUAUUUACACUUCAUAUAUGUAGCCAUUUUUAAUAAAUAAAUUAAUAUCCUCUUACAUUAAUUUUGUGAGGUUCCCCUAUUUACAAGUAGUCUAUUACUGAGAAUUUACAUCAAUAUUAUGUCAAACAUUUAAUGACUCUUAAUUUUUAUCUCCCCAAUACAAUAUGAACUCAAUAUAAACAGUCAUAACGUUAAAGAUCUGUUACGAAUUUGAAUAGUCGAGUCAAUUAGGCACACUUCAUGAAUAAUCAUUGAACAUGAUGAAUAUCUAAUAUGAAACUAAAAAUUAUUUCACUGUUUAAGAUUUACUAGUGAAGUCAAGCGUAUUUCAGUGAUUGAAAAGUAAUCACAAUUAUUACUAACAAAUGGGGUGGGGUGGGGUGGGGUGGGGGGAAAUUCGGUAAUUUCUAGUAACGAUCUAGAUAAUUAAACAAAAUCUAACUUUUCUCAUAAGUAAACAAAGACGUUGUAGAUACAAUUGAUUGCUUGAUAGUUAAAUCUUUUGAAGAUAAUAUAGAAUUUAAAGUUGAAGUAACUAAUAGAAAACGUCUUGAAUGAUGAAGGUAAUCAGUAUUUGGCGUUGUGUUUGAAUUUUUUUUUAUCUCUUCACGAAUAAAACUUCUAAUUUAAAAGAAACGAGUGAAAAUAUUUAUGAAUAGGGUUUGUGAAAUAAAUCAAUUUCUUUAAAUAUAUGUACUCUAGAGAACAUCCUCGAUGAAUAUUUCAGAAUGUUCUAUAGUUUCAAUAUAUUUACAUAGAUAUUAUCCUUCAAUCAAAAUUUGAUUUCGAAAACUAAGUUAAAUAUCAUAUAGCAAAGAUAGAUAGUGGCUAGCAGUGGAAUCCAGGACACGCGUUUCGUCCUAUU